AUGGCGCUGGUGCAGUCCUCGUCGCAGAACCAAGACUCUGGAGACGAUGAGCUGUCGGGCGCACCAGCCGCGGCAGUCUACAAGUCGCACUCCGCUGGGCUCGUCGACCUGAUGGAGGACCUCCAGGAGAAGGCGGAGGAAGAUCUCGGUGCCCUCCGGAAGGCGGAAUCGAACGCGAAGCAGAACUACUUGAUGCUGAAGCAAAGCCUGGAAGACAGCAUGAGCAACAGCGGCAAGGACCUCGACGAUGAGAAGGCAGCAAAAAGUGCCGCCGAGGAGGAGAAGGCCGGUCACCAGAAGGAGAGGAGAUUGAUCUCAGCGUCGUCAUGA